GAAAGCAAAUGCAUAACCCUCAGUAAGCUAUAUAAUGUCAGUUUUCAGCUCAGAUUUUCAGUGUCAACCAUGUAAGGAAGAAGAGGAUUCAAGGUAAAUAAUGUUUUGCACUCAAUGUGGAAAUCAGGUGGAAAGUUCAUUCCGAUUCUGUCCUCACUGUGGCUUCAAGUUAUUUGUCUUGACCCAAAAUGUGACCCUAGAUGUGGCCACGUCAGCAAAUCAACCCUCAGUCACUGCUGAGGAGAAGAACCAAGAAAAGGAUCAAGAAAAGGUUCCAAAAGGUGUUAAAGAAGAACGAGAAAACGCUACACAGAUAAAGGGGCAGUCGGCUAGUGAUGACUUAGAGGCAGCCAGAGAUGGGGCUACUCCACACCACCCAUCAAAUAACACAGCCAACCCAGCACCACUGGAAAAAGGAGCCACACCCUCAUGCCCCAACCAGACAGGUUCAGCUAAUGAAUCAUUGACUACCAAGAACACACAUGUCACAGAGACUUGUAAGAGGAAAGAGAGGCCUUCUGCUGCAGAAGAAAGUGACUCUCAACCAUGCAGUGAGGCAGCUCCUGGAUCAAACCGGUCUGUUUCCACUCCACCACCCUUCUCUACACCUGCCAGUGAUAAACUGACAGAGCAACAAACAGAGGCCCCAUCAGAUAUUCCAGCUAACAAGCAAAGUGGCAUUCAUUCUGGGCUAUUGUCUAACUCUGCAUCAGCUCCAACAUCAGCUAAAGAAACAGGCUCAACUGCACCUGAAUCAUCUGAGCAAACAUCUCAAGAAUGGGAUUCAGUGGCAAAGCAGCCUCCCUAUGAACAAGAUAAGGAUAAGACAAUCUCUAAUGAGACACAAAAUCUCUUUAGGAGGCCAGAUGAUGACGCUGCUUAUUUAGACUCUUUUCAGGGGAAGCCAUCUAGUGAUGAUUCUGAGCCAGCCAGAAAUGGCGUGACAACACAGGACUCAUCAGAUUACACUGCCAGCCCAGCACCACUGGAAAAAGGAGCCACACCCUCAUGCCCCAACCAGACAGAGCAACAAACAGAGGCCCCAUCAGAUAUUCCAGCUGACAAGCAAAGUGGCAUUCAUUCUGGGCUAUUGUCUAACUCUGCAUCAGCUCCAACAUCAACUAAAGAAACAGGCUCAACUGCACCUGAAUCAUCUGAGCAAACACCUCAAGAAUGGGAUUCAGUGGCAAAACAGCCUCCCUAUGAACAAGAUAAGGAUAAGACAAUCUCUAAUGAGACACAAAAUCUCCCUGGGAAACCAGAUGAUAAUGAAAAGCACACCAAAACUGACCAGCAUACAUUCGCUAAACAAAAUGACAAGAAAGAAGACCAAGCAGCCAUAGAUGAGAGAAAAGCCCCAAAUACAAGAAAACCAGAGGAUUGUCUUGAUCCAUGUCCAGUGACUGAAGAAACCAGCCAAAACACUGAGGCUGUUGACACAAAAUCAAAUAAGAAAACAAACACAGGCCUUGCAGAGAGACAGGAACAGCAGCCAAGCAACGGAACAGUCAAUGUCUCCAGGUCACCAAUGCCCUCCUGCCCUCCUGAUCAGAGUGAGGACAAGGCGGGUUUUCUAGUGGCACCAAAUAUCUCAGGAACAUCCCCUGAACGUCUGACACCACAAACCGGAUAUGUGCAUGUGUACUUCCAUGCUGUCACUUCGAAAGACUUUCAUUUGGAUCCAGAAGAGGAUAAGAUUUUCUUAAUGUCUGAAAAAUUUUUUGGAAGUUGGAAUAAUCUUGGCCCGCAAAUGUCCUUCUCUAGGCAUCUUGGGGACAAGAGUUAUCUUGUUGAAGGGCAAGUUACGAUUCCCCAAAACAUGAUUCAUGAGAGCAUACCCUACAAAUACAUAAUUUGCAAGCACAAUGAAAUGCCCAUUUUUGAGGCCAUCUACCAGAAAGAUGGAAAUCAAUACGUCAACAGGUGCCUGAGAAUUGAAGAACCUUUUUUAACACAUGAAGGGGAGUGGCACCAGUAUGAUGAUAUGAUCCAUCCUGAUCUGAAGAAGGGUAACUGGUUUUCGAGUCCCAACAACAUUGUAAUAAAAGGCAGAGAUCUAGCUGGCAGGGUGAUGCUGAGUAUCAUAUUUGACCUUCUUACAACUUGGAAUGCACCAAAUGUGGAAAACUUCUUUUUACUGCUACAACAGUUUGUACAUACAUACAGCAAUCCUGUACUUCAUUAUGACACGGAAAGGCAAUGGGGAUUACCAUACGGUAGUAAACAGGUGAAAAUCCUGCUCAAACUUUAUCUGGAGGAAGUCAUCAAUCACAAGCCCGGAGAGCAGAAAGAAACAACAAAAUGCCUCUUACCUUUUCAUGCAGGAGUAGUUAGUUUGCUCAUUUACAACAAGUAUCUGAAAAACGACAUGACAGAUCAAUUAUCUCGUCUUUGUGAUAUCCUUUGCCUGCCUAAAAGGCCACAACACCAUUUCCCCUCUUUCUGGAAAGACUUUGCAAGCCCUUUAGCAGAUAAAAAGAGUGUUGCAGAUGCUGUUGAGAGGCUUUGCAACAAUGCCAGACAACACCAUAUUGACAAGUGGGUCUUGGUCAUCCCUCUGAUUCACCUACUGAGAGGAGAAAGCAAACCUUUUGAGUCAGUUCCACCUGUCUUGAAUCCACAGUUUGACUCCUGGACAAUCAGAGACAGAAAGAGAGGCGAUUAUGCUAGGAUCAUGAAAGACCAUGCGUACCUGCUGAACAUUGAUCAUCUUCUUGUGCGUACUUGGAUGCCUCUGCUGCAUGUGGAUCAUCUAAAAAGCUUCAUAUCCUGUGGGCAAGUGGAGCUUCUAGACAUUCUUCAUUGCAUACAGUUCAGUGUCAAAUAUGAAAUAACUCCCUCCAAAUGCAUGGCUUUGGGAAAUUUGGCGUCUCAUCUCAUCGACAGAGAAAGCCAUCGCAAUAAACGCUUUGAUGACAAAUAUGGAGAGUGUUGCCUGAAAACUGCAGUAAGGCUUCUCAGUUCUAUCUGCCAACACACAACAGAUCCAGACCUCUAUAAUGUUCCUAUUAAUUUCCUUGAGUUGGUUUGUCUGAUUGCCAAGGCAUACGACCACACAGAUUCCCAGGCAAGAGAGAGCAUUCAAGAGUCAAUCAGUGAGACAUUAGAAACAAUGAGGGAAUGGCAGCGAAAUACCUUCAGAAACAAACUGCUUAAUCCCCGGAAUUGUACGCAGUUUUCUGUACCCAAUGAAAUUAAGGUAUGGGACAUCUUACUCUCACUAUCCUUCAGUCUUGAGGAACAUACUUUAUUCUGGAGAACCACCUUCAUGGGAGAUUUUGAAGGAAAACUAAAACGAGAACUCCCUGUGGAUCAAAUUGAAAUAUACUCUAACACAAUGGAAAAACUGAGCCAGACAAGUCCAUUGUUAUGCAGCACGAUGGAGAAAUGUGCAUUGGAGGCAGUUGCUUCUAUUUGUCAGAAUCACUCUGGCAGAGCUGUUUCAGCUUUAUUUGAGAAACAUGAUAUCACAAAGUUUGGGAAGCUGAUGUCUGUUGUUGUGCUGGAGACAUGGCCCAAAGAUGAGAAUGGACAUUACACUGAGGGCGAGGACUUGAUAUUUGAGUAUCUUGUAAAUUGGCCCAUGGCCAAAACUCUUUUCCAGAUGGCAGGUGUAGGCGCAAGACUGAUCAACAAAUUGUCAGAUGAAGUGAAAAUCAGGAUGACAUUGGCGAGUUCAGCAUUCAAAUCUGUGUCAGAGAAGUUUCUAAGUGGAGCAAUCCAACUGAAUACUUUAAACCAAAUCCUCGAGAAAGAACGUGAAUUUGUUGACUUGCUGAAGAUAGAUGGCCUCUGCGAUGAUCGUCGUUGUAAAGAUGACAGAAAUAUGAGAACAUUACUGAAAAAAAGAAAAGAGGAAGCAGAAGCGGUCCAUAGGGAAAAGCAGCUGGUCAAGGGUCUUCUACAAAUCUGCCAGGAACUUCCACAACAUGUCAAAGUUGACUUUAAGGGGUUGGACAAAAAACUUCAUCAGAACAUGAAUCUAAAUGAAUUUAUGAAGGUUCACACUCUUGAUGGACAGACCUCUCCUACAAUUGGGCAAGUCACUUAUUUCAACCUAUGUGAUGUCACCCGUCAAAUGGCUACAGAACUGCAUGCCAUUAAAGACAGUGUAAUCUUUAAAAUGUGCUGGAUGAACCAAGUGGAAGAGCUGUCAAGAGAUACAGAUGACACUGGACAGCACAAUGGAAAUGAAGAAAUCUACACUCUUGACCUAGUCUACAGCAAAAUAUUCCAGAGCUGCUACAGCAAGUACAAAGGGCUCUAUGAUGGUCUGAAGAGUGGGGAACUGUUACUGGAGGAAAUAGACAGUGUCUUUGAGGACUAUAAAAGAAAUUACGAAGACCUGCAGAAAGAUUUAGACAUCAUGUGCAGAACAAAUCCAUCCGAUCAUGGAAAAUGGAUCAAAAGAAGGAUUCAGCAAAUUCAACAGUACCAAGAUCUUCAUCUUGCAGUGAAAUUAGCCAAAAUCAUCAUGGAUAUCAGGAACACAAUAUGUCCAGAAGGAGACUUCAAAGUACUGGAGAAAUUGCUGCAAAUGAGUCAUGCUGACUUCAAGAAAAACAGCCUGAAUUGCAUAGAUGACACUCUCAUAGAGGCCAAAAAUAUCCUGAUGGACAUUACAAAGGAUCGCACGGAAUGUCUUCAGAUACUCAGUCAGAGCAAAGAGUUUGUCCUGUGGGUUAAAGAAGCUCUUGAAGAUAUCAAUGAGCUGAAAGUUUUUGUUGACCUGGCAUCCAUCUCUGCUGGAGAAAAUGACCUGGAUGUGGAUCGCGUGGCCUGUUUUCAUGAUGCUGUCCUUGGUUACUCUUCAAUAUUGUAUGGACUGAAGCAGGACUCUAAUUUUGAGGCUUUCAAAGAGUCCUUGUCAAAAUUGUGGAAGGCACUUGAAAAUGACAGAAAUAUACCAAAGAAGCUGCGGGAUACAGCACGCUACCUGGAAUGGUUAAAGACUGUAAAGGAAAGCCAUGGAUCUGUCGAAUUUUCAUCCCUGUCCCUGGCUACAUCCAUCAAUGAGAAAGGGGUAUACACCAUCAAGGCCCAAACCCAGAAAAAACCUACUUUAGAGACUUCCCUGAUACUGCAAAUUCAGGACGGACAUGAAAAAAACAUGGCAUGCACAUAUGAGGACCUGAAAGAGUUGCAGAAUAAACUUAUGCUCAUGUCUGGAAGAGGGGAACAAAAACAGCGUGAAGUGGAACUCUUUGCAGAGGUGUUUGACAAUGUCCAAAGACUUGCCAAAGCCUUUGUAGACCUUUAUUCUGCAGGGAACCCACUCUUCAGGUGUUGGGAAGCUAAGAUUAAUUGCAAAACUCAGAGUGACCCAUGUAUAAUUAUGGAAAUCAACUUCUGCAAGACCCUGCAUCAUAUCCAAAUAUGUGGAAGUCUAGUUGAACAACUGACAGCACUGUCCAAGAAGAUGGAGGACUUUCUUGAUGACUGGCAAAACUUCAUGGACAAACAAAGAUCUGAUUACUACUACUUAAACUACUUCACAGCAGAACAAAUAUUCUACCUGUGCAGUGUUGUGACUCCGUCAAAUGUGAAUGCAGAAAUAGAGGACAAAGCGUUGAUGAUGCUCUCUUUUAUCAAACCAAACUGCACAACAUCAGAUGUCUGGAGCACAUGGGGAAGGUUUCACAACCACUUUGAGCCUGGAAAAAGGAUGAAUGAAGACACUCACUUUCAAAGUCACUUUCUUCACCAGGAAGACAGCAAUAUGUCUUUAGCCGAUGCAAGUCAUUUUACAGCUGAUAAUUCAGCAGACCAGACUGUUGGUUUGAAAGAACUGGAACAGUUGUGGAAUGGCUACAUGAAGAAUGAGGGAAUAUUUUUCCAUGACCUUUUGGACAUAAGGAGUUUAGGGGGUAUGUUGAAAAUGAUGACUAUCACAGAAAACCAAAGUGAAAAUGAAUGGGAAGAACCAGGGCUAUCAGAGUCAAAAGACAAUUCACUCAGAAGAAUUCUCCCAAAAGGCCUCUUCUCAAACCAACCUAAUCUCAUAAUUUGCCCACACGAUGAGGUCCUGACUUCAAGUAUCUGCUUGUACAUGACCAGUGAGUAUGACCCACUGCCAAGUUAUGAUGAGGUUCUCUUGUGUACCCCUGCAACAACUUAUGAGCAAGUAGAGCUUUUCCUGAGGAGAUGUCUCACACCAGGUGACAUUGGCCAGAAGAUUUACACAAUGCUUUGGGCAGACCAACUAACCUAUGAUGUUAGCUGUGCAAUGGAGAAGUGUUUUCAAAAACUGCAUUCCCUACAGGAUUACACUCUAGUGAUUUUUUGCAGCUCUGACAAGGAGCACACUUACAUUCCUACUGCAUUCAGUCAGUUCAAAAGAGAUUUUGUCCCACAAGAGCCAUUGGAAAGGAUUCAGAAGUACUUAUCUAGGCAUUACACGGUCCCCUCCAAUCACAAGAAUGCUGUGUUCAAAGGCGGCCAUUCUGUGGGCAUUGUUGCUUCCCAACGUGCAGGAGUAGGCAAGUCAUUAUAUGUCCAAAGAUUGUAUGAAAAGCUGGAGAGAAGUGUUGAUCAAGAAACUGCAUUUAAGAAGUGCAUUCGACUAACUGAACAUGAAGUUGAUGACCACAAGGUUCUACAGUCUUUGUAUAAUGCACCAAAACAAAAAGAUAUCAAGGUCUUUCACUUUGAUGUGACAUCAUCGGUACAAAAAGGCUUGAAUGAAUUCCUAUUCAAGCUUUUCUUCUUGCGGUACCUGAUGGAUUCAGAUGGACUGAUGUGGCGCUGCAGCCACAAACACUUGUACAUCAUCGAGUUACUGGAAACCACAAAUCAUCAGGCCAGAUAUGCUCCUGGAACUGGUCGAAAGGAAAACUUUGCAUUCUUGGACGUUUUCCCGAAGGUGUUUUGUCGUCCACCAAAGGAGGUUAUGGCUUUAGAAAUGAGGAGAGGGGAAAACACUGACAUGGAGAGUGACGACCCCCUCAUGGAUGACGAAUGUUUCAGGAGUGAAGCUUAUCAAAGACCAUACCAGUACCUCACACGUUUUUACAACAAUAACAACCUUGACAAAUUCACUUACAUGGGCAUUGAAGGGACUCAUGCAAAAUGUCUUCAGAUACUCUUAAUCUACUGUGGCAUAAUAGAUCCAUCAUGGGCAGAGCUACGUAACUUUGUCUGGUUUCUUAAUCUUCAGUUGAAAGACUGUGAGAAUUCAGACUUCUGCAAAUUUGAGUUUGUUGGAGACACUCUUCAAGGGUUUAAAAACUUUGUGGUUGAGUUCAUGAUCUUGAUGUCCAAAGACUUUGCAACCCCAUCACUAUGCAUCACUGACCAGAGCCCAGGGAGACAACAAAUUGACAUCAGUGGGCUUAACGAAAGAGACUUAGCUCCAUUCCUCAUUAGAAAAAGGUGGGAGUCUGAGCCACAUCCAUACAUCUUUUUUAAUGAUGACCACAUGUCCAUGACUUUUAUUGGGUUUCACCUAGAGCUCAAUGACCAGAAUGGGGUUGAUGCCAUAAAUCCCUUGACAAGAGAAGUGAUCAAGAGAAACAUCAUGACUCGUGAACUGUACACUGGCUUAAGACUUCAGAGAGUCCCUUUCAAUAAGGACUUUGAUCAGCUUCCUCGAGAUGAAAAGAUUGAGCAUUUGUGCAGUGUGCUUGGCAUCAAGUGGCCAACAGAUCCAGAUGAGACAUACGAACUGACCACCGAUAAUAUUCUCAAAAUGAUGGCUAUUCAUAUGAGAUUUAGGUGUGGCAUCCCAGUCAUCAUAAUGGGUGAAACAGGAUGUGGUAAGACGAGGCUCAUAAAGUUUAUGUGUGAAUUGAGAAGGUGUGGAGCAGUGGCAGAAAACAUGAAACUGGUCAAGGUUCAUGGAGGAACAACAUCAGAAAUAAUAUAUGAAAAAGUGAGGGAAGCAGAAACUAUUGCAAAGACCAACAAAGAGAAUCUUGAAUUUGACUCAGUUCUCUUCUUUGAUGAAGCAAACACCACAGAAGCCAUCAGCAGCAUCAAGGAGAUAAUUUGUGAUAACUCUGUGCAGGGAAAACAACUUAGCUCUCAGUCAGGACUGCAGAUUGUUGCUGCAUGCAAUCCUUACAGGAAGCAUACAGACCAGAUGAUUGAAAGGCUAGAGGCUUCUGGAUUGGGCUACCGGGUCAGAGCUGAGGAGACUGGUGACAGACUUGGCUCCAUCCCUCUUCGUCAGCUUGUGUAUCGUGUUCAUGUGUUACCCCCCAGCAUGAUUCCUCUUAUUUGGGACUUUGGGCAGCUCAAUGACUCAACAGAGAAAAUGUAUAUUGAACAAAUAGUGCAAAGACAGGCUAAGGCCAACUUGAUUGAUAAGGAUUAUAUUCCAACCAUAACUCAGGUGUUGUCGUCAUCACAAAAGUUCAUGAGGGAGAGGAAAGAUGAAUGCAGUUUUGUAAGUUUAAGGGAUGUUGAACGUUGCAUGCAAGUGUUUGUGUGGUUCCACAAAAAUCACCCCACUUUUGAUUUGGAACUGAGAGCAUUCCUUCAAGAGGCAUAUCAGAGGAAAAAAAACGAUGAAAAGAUGUUAUCAUUUUUAUGUGACAGAGUAAUCUGGUCACUGUUGAUGGCCACUGGAGUGUGCUAUCAGUCCUGCUUGGAGGACAAAAGGCAAUAUCAGAAAACUAUCAGCCCGUUGCUUCCUGGUAAAUACAACAUACAGAGAGAAAUCCAACUCAUGCAGGACCUCCUACUCAAUGGUGUACCCAUGGGUAAUACAAUAGCCAGAAAUGAGGCUUUGAAAGAAAACUUCUUCAUGAUGGUGAUUUGUGUUGAGCUAAGAAUUCCCUUGUUUAUUGUUGGGAAACCAGGGAGCUCCAAAUCACUGUCCAAAACCCUAAUUGCAGAUGCAAUGCAGGGCCCUGCCUCACAUUCUGAACUCUACAAGAGGCUGAAGCAGAUACAUCUGGUGUCUUUCCAGUGCAGCCCUCAUUCAACACCUGAAGGAAUCAUCAACACAUUCAAACAGUGUGCCCGCUUUCAGGAAAGCAAAAACUUGGAUGAAUACAUCUCAGUAGUUGUUCUUGACGAGAUUGGAUUGGCAGAAGAUUCCCCUAAAAUGCCACUGAAAACACUGCACCCAUUACUGGAAGAAGGCUGUGUUGAUGAUGAGCCACAACCUUAUAAAAGGGUUGGGUUCAUUGGAAUUUCCAACUGGGCACUUGACCCUGCCAAAAUGAAUCGCGGAAUAUUUGUGUCCCGUGGAGAUCCAGACCAGAAGGAGCUCCGCAAAAGCGCUCAAGGGAUAUGCUCAUCUGAAGAAAGGGUUCUUCAAAAGAUCAAACACCUUUUUAACCCUUUUGCAAAAGCAUAUUUGACAGUAUGCAAAAAAGUCAGGGGUUUUUUUGGUCUGCGGGAUUUCUACAGUCUGAUAAAGAUGAUAUUUUCAAUUACUAAAAUCAGUAAUGAGAGUCCCAACGCAGAUCAAAUCACUGAAACAGUCCUGAGAAACUUCAGUGGAAAAGAUGAAGAGACUGUGAUGAGCAUAUUCAGCGAAGAACUCAAAGAUGACUUUACCAAAGCCAGCAUUACCGCCAUUGAUUUGGUCAAGAAAAGCAUCUUUCCACCCUGCCAAGUGGAAGAAAGUCGUUACCUUUUGAUCCUCACAACAAACUAUGCAGCUCUUCAGAUUCUCCAACAGAUAUUCUUCUGUCACAAAGUCUAUCCAGAGAUCAUCUUUGGGUCUAGUUUCCCAAAAGAUCAGGAGUACACGCAGAUUUGUAGGAACAUCAACCGUGUCAAGGUUUGCAUGGAGACUGGACAGACAGUUGUGCUUCUGAACCUUCAGAAUCUGUAUGAAAGUCUGUAUGAUGCUCUCAACCAAUACUAUGUGACCCUAGGGGGUCAAAAGUAUGUUGAUCUUGGAUUAGGAACACAUCGUGUAAAAUGCAGGGUUCACAAAAACUUCAGGCUCAUUGUCAUUGAAGAGAAAGAGGUGGUCUACGAGCAGUUUCCAAUCCCACUGAUCAACAGAUUGGAGAAACACUACCUUGACAUCAACAUUGUUCUUAAAAAUGAGCUGAAGGACAUUGCCAGAGAACUACAGAAGUGGGUCGAUGAUUUUCUGUCCAUGAAUGGUCAACCCUGGAAAAAGCAAUAUGCUCCAAGUGACAUCUUCAUUGGCUACCAUGCAGACACAUGCUCCUCUGUGCUCCUGCAAGUAACAGAGAAUCAAAGUCUUGAAACAGAUGCUCAGACCAUUCUGAAAAAAGCCAAAGACAUUCUGCUCAACUGUGCCACUCCAGACUCUGUUGUCCGUUUGGACAAAUCCAGACUGCCUGAUGAGGAAAGAGAACAUUUAAUGAAAAAAUAUGUUCAAGACGAGAUGCACAGUUCAUUGGGAGACUACAUUGUCUAUCACACAAAGCAGUUGGAACAGUCCCAUUUCAUCUUCACUGAGGUUACAACAUUUUCCAGGCUACUCACUGCAGUUGACACUCAACAACUGCAGAAUGUGAUAAAGCUUGAUGCUAUCAAGCUGCUCUCACUGCAACAGUUUGACACGGAGUACUCUUUCCUCAAGGAGAUCAGGGAUUUUCUUGGCUCAACACAUGCAGACAAAGUGCUCAUUAUCCAGACAGACUAUGAUGAAGACUCCCGCAGGAGGAAUAUUCUUUCCUCGGCCAAGUAUUCAUGCAUCAACGAAAUAAACAAGUGGGCCACUACUGACAACACAAAGACAUUUGUGUACUUUGUCACCAAACUUCCUCGAAUCAAGGGCGGGACCUCCUAUAUUGGCUUUCAAGGCGGUCCAUGGAGGUCUGUUCACAUUGAUGAUCUCAGAAGAUCAAAAGAGUUUGUGUCUGAUGUUCAUUCCUUGAAAAAGCUAUGUAUAAGUGAACUUUUUGAAGAUCCCCUGGAGGCCAUGAAGACAGAAGACAGCAAUGGUGUGCCACAGAAUGAUGACUCCAAUGUUUUGGAAGAUUUGUUUGAUACAACAGAUCUGACGAGGACCUGUGUGCAGAGUGCAGUGAGCAUGCUCAGAGAUGUGGCAGACAAUGGAGAACUCAGCACUAGGAGAGUUGAGAACCUGCUCACACUACUGGAUGGAAGUCAGACACAAGGUCUGUUUUCAAGCAUUGUGCGAAAGCGUCUCUACUCGCUGUUGAAGGACUAUGAAGCCAACAUCCCCAAUCCAAAAAGCUGGGUUCUAACAGAGGCGUCUAAUUUCAACGCUCUUCAAGAGGGAGGAACAUUCUUGCACACACUAUGGAGGAAAAUCCAAGCAGUUGUCACUCCACUUCUAGCCAACUUGGUCUUAGUCAUUGACCGAGAUUGCAAUUUGGACCUCCUGCUGAGUGAGUGUGAUGACAUCAAAAACCUUUGGCUUGAGAUAUUUGGGAACAAAGAGAUGCUCCAUGUACCUUAUGUAAGGGUGGAAAGCAACUCUACUGUCUUAAUGGUACAAAGCCAUAGCAUAGGUGGCGACACCAUGCGCUGUCUCAUGCCCUUCAGUUGGUGGAUCAAAGACUUCCUGGAUGGGCUCAUGAUGCAAACAUCCAGACAUGAAA